AAACCCAACAGGGUUCAAUUUGAAAAGUCUGUCCGCCAUAUUGUACGAAGUGGUAGUUUUUCAGCAAAUAUGCACGAAAUGCAAAUAGAAGUACUGGUUAAUUGCUUAUGAAAAUUUAUUUAUUGUGAGCGUUGUACUGUGAUUUUUUAUUGUUAGAGGCACUAUAAACGAUAUCGUUGUUAUAAUGAGUUUCUUCGGAUUCGGUCAAAGUGCAGACAUUGAUAUCUCACUUGAUGGCACUGAAAAUCGAAAAAUGGCAGAAAUCAAAUCAGAAGAUGGGAAAAAGGAACGUCAUUUUCUAUAUUACGAUGGGGAAACUGUAUCGGGUAAGGUAAAUGUAACACUGAAAAAACCUGGCUCAAAGCUAGAGCACCAGGGUAUAAAGAUAGAAUUUGUAGGGCAAAUAGAGCUCUAUUAUGAUCGAGGUAAUCAUCAUGAGUUCACAUCUCUUGUGAAAGAGCUGGCCAGACCAGGUGAACUUAUUCAGAAUACCCUGUAUGCAUUUGAGUUCCUGAAUGUGGAGAAACCAUUUGAGUCAUACACUGGAUCAAACGUCAGACUACGGUACUUUUUGCGAGUGACAGUUGUACGAAGGUUGUCUGACGUGGUGAAAGAACUGGAUAUUGUUGUCCACACAUUGUCAUGUUAUCCAGACAUGAACAACAGUAUCAAGAUGGAAGUUGGAAUAGAGGAUUGUCUUCACAUAGAAUUUGAGUACAACAAGUCCAAGUAUCAUUUAAAGGAUGUUAUUGUGGGCAAGAUAUACUUCUUGUUGGUGCGCAUAAAAAUCAAGAAUAUGGAGAUUGCAAUCAUCAAGCGUGAAACAACAGGCUCAGGACCAAACACAUUCACAGAGAAUGAAACAAUUGCCAAGUAUGAGAUAAUGGACGGAGCACCAGUGCGUGGGGAGAGCAUUCCUAUCAGAGUGUUUCUGGCAGGAUAUGACCUAACCCCAAGUAUGCGGGACAUCAACAAAAAAUUCUCAGUUCGGUACUAUCUGAACCUAGUUCUAAUGGAUGAGGAAGACAGACGCUACUUCAAACAGCAGGAGAUCACUCUGUGGCGCAAGGGAGAGAAAACCCGGAAGAAUCUUCAGACUUCACCGUCUCCACAGUUGCUUGUCACAGGAGGAGCAGAGAGUUUUAUACCAGCCCACAAUCACAGCUCAGAUCCACAAGACCCAGCUGGAACUAUAGAGGACAUGAAACAGGAUACGAAUGAGGAAGAACACUCUAGCAAGAUGACCGUCCAAACUGCUGAUGCUCAUGGAGAUGCAUGCAGUACCAAUUUGACAGCUGAUGGUAUGGAUGAGUGACGGAAAGUCCUGUUCUCAUGGUGAGAUGGACAUGUGAUAAAUUAAUGUGUACUCCUCUGCAUAAACCUGAGGGGGCCAGAAGUUUUCAUGUAUAUUUGUGUACAUACCUAUACACGAGAAGUGUUUAAUCUGCUCUGAUUUCGGGAACUGUGCUGCAAGAGUGACCCGGACAUCUUGGUCACCCUCGUUUUUGCAAGAAGCUGCCAACUCAUGUUUUAGCUGGUGGGAUAUUAUUUCAGCAGUGACCAAUGUUGUUUUAACAUGGGUCAUUUUUAUUCCCAGUAAUGUGAUCAUUCAUCAUUACUAUGAAGGAUUGAAUUCUGGAUACAGUGAAUGUUGCAGACUAGUUGAGGGUUCUUGUCUCUUGGAGUAUCGUAUAUGGACACACAUUGGUCCUGUUCAUGUGUAAAUAAAUCACACCAGGAAUUUUUCUGCCUAGUCUCUUGGAUUGACCAGUAAUAGUCCUCCAGUGUAUUUAGUUCAUUUCCUGUACCAUUUGGCCUGGGCAGUACAGUGAAAUUACAUGUGACAUGUGUUUUAUUUCACAGUAUUUACUUUAAACUUUGCAGAGCGUUUAUCAUGCAAUAUUUGGUUUGAAAGAAAAGACAUCAACAUAAUUCUAAUAUUUCCAAAUUGUGGCACACAGCCAUCUGGUGUUCACCUUGUAGACAACUGCAACCAGUGUACUGAACGCAAGAAUGGAGUUGUUAUGAAAUAGCAGAGGAGACUAUUCUGACAGGUUAUCUUCAUAGGUACAAGAACAGAUAUACGAGAAGUUUGGAAUCCAAGAGAAAUAAUUCCAGUUGUAUGUAAAUAGUGGGUGGGAGCCAGUCAUUUAAUGUUUUGAAGUGCAUUUGAUAAGAAUGAGAAAGUUUAUUCUUUGUGUCUUGUAUGUUUUGUUUUGAUUCACUUGUAUGGUUACAAAUAAUUAUACAUGCUUAAAUGAA